AUGGGAAGCAGGCAGCAGCCCCAGCCGCCCCACCCGCCCCAGCCUCUCGGUCCCAUGCGGUCCAUGCGCAGCGAUUCCGACAAGCCCACCGGCGACAACUACCCCCACCUCGAGUAUGAGGCCCGAUACAAGUACAUGACGGGCAUUGACGGCCGUAUUGACUCAUUCAUCGGCGGUCACUUCUCGGGAUACAACCUCUCCGCCCUGUUGUUCGCCCACCGCGAAGACGAUACCAAACAUGUCCAGCUUGAGGUGUGGUCCCCGCCUGGCCGUUCCAAGCCGACGUUUGAGGAGGCCAAGAAGCAGAAGUACCGCUCCGCUAAGAAGUACGAGGAGUUCGGCCCGUCCUGGACCAACCACUGGUUCAAGGUCACGGUCAUUAUUCCCAAGGAGUGGGACAAGUACGAGCGUAUUCAGCUCGAGUUUGACUGCUCGGGCGAGGCCAUGGUUAUGGACAGUGACGGCAACGUAUACCACGGCCUCACAGGUGGAUGGAGUGUUGACCGCCGUGUCGAGUUUAUCAUCCCCGAGAAGGACCGCAAGAAAGGCGUCGGCCACUACUACAUCGAGGCUAGCUGUAACGGCAUGUUCGGCCAGAACGGCGAGAACCCGCCCGACCCUAACCGGUAUUACCGCCUCAACAGUGCUGACCUCACCGUGCCCAACAUGGACGCCUGGCGCCUCAUGUGGGACUUUGACUCUCUCCACCAGCUCAACCACGAGAUGCCCUGGGACUCGUCACUGCACCACCACACCAAGAAGGUGCUGAACAACAUCAUUGAUGUCUUCCGCAUCGGCGACCUUUCUUGUAUCCCUGACUGCCGCAAGGCGGCUGAGGAGAUCCUCGGCAAGGACUGGGAGAAGGUCUCGGACGAGGAAAACAAGGAUGCUAGCCAGCAGACUGGUCAGCUCUGGGCUUUGGGCCACUGCCACAUCGACACGGCGUGGCUCUGGCCGUUCUCAGUUACGCAGCAGAAGUCGGCCCGCUCAUGGUCGACCCAGCUCGAUCUCAUGGACCGCUACCCGGAGCAUCGCUUCGCGACGACCCAGGCCCAGCAGUACAAGUGGGUUGAGCAGCUUUACCCCUCGCUCUUCACGCGUAUCAAGGAGAAGGUCAAGGAAGGUCUUUUUCAACCCACUGGUUGCACCUGGGUGGAGAUGGACACGAAUGUGCCGUCAGGUGAGGCGCUUGUCCGCCAGUUCCUCUACGGCCAGCGCUACUUCGAGAGCCGCUUCGGCUCGCGCUCAAAGACCUUUGUUCUUCCCGACACGUUCGGGUACUCGAGCCAGCUGCCGCAGAUCUCGCGCCUCGCGGGCGCGCCAAACUUCUUCACCCAGAAGAUCUCGUGGAACAUCAUCAACUCGUUCCCGCACACGACGUUCAACUGGGUCGGCUUGGAUGGCACGCAGGUGCUCACUCACAUGACUCCAGUGAACAACUACAAUUCGCAGUGCAACAUGGACGACAUCCGUCGCGGCUCGACCGGACACAAGAACCUCGAGGUCACCAACCAGUCCCUGCUGUUCUUCGGUAACGGCGACGGCGGCGGUGGGCCGACUCCGCCGAUGCUCGAGAAGCUCAAGCGUGCCCGUGCCAUUGCCAAGCGCCACGAUGCUGGUGGCCAACUGCCUCUCGUCCGCAUGGGUGGUACCAUCGAGAAGUUCUACGAUGCUAUCCGCGAGCAGACCAACAACGGUCGCACUCUCCCGACUUGGCACGGCGAGUUGUACCUCGAGAUCCAUCGCGCGACCUACACGACCCACGGCUCGAUCAAGAAGCACAACCGUAAGAUCGAGAUCAUGCUGCGCGAGGCGGAAUAUGCCACUGCAAUGGCAAGCCUCAGCAACCCCAAGUACAAGUACCCGAAGGACAAGAUCGACUCGGCGUGGGAGGACCUCCUGCUGUGCCAGUUCCACGACGUCCUCCCGGGUUCGUCUAUCCAGAUGGUGUACGACGAUGCCGAGAGGAUCUACCACGGCGUCGAGAAGUCGAUUACCAAGGUGAUUGAGGAGGCGUACCAGUCUCUGUACCAGGGCACCGCGGCUCUCUCUCCCAAGGCUAAGCUGGAGGGCAAGGCCCAGAUUGUCGCAAUCAACACGCUCCCGGGCACGACGCGCCUUGAGGUAAUGCAAGUUCCGAUUGCGGAGCACGCUUCCGUGCGCGCGCACUCAGUGCAGAUGUCGAGUGACCGGAAGCACGGCUACCUGCUCAUGGACGCAAGCCCCGAGAGCGCAUUCGCCACUCCACGCGGGUUAUAUGCCGACCUCCAGCCGGCGCGCGCAACGCAGAUCUCCGCAAACCGCUUCGAGCUCAUCAACUCGUCAGUCAAGAUGAUGAUCGAGGACGGCCGCAUCACGAGCCUGCGUGAUGUCGCGCUUGACCGCGAGCUUAUCCCCGAGGGCAUGAGCGGCGGCCUUGUCGUCAUGGAGGACCACCCGAACUACUGGGAUGCAUGGGAUGUCGACUUCUUCCACCUCUUCAAGCAAAAGCACCUCAAGUUCGAGAAGGUCCGGGUCAAGGAUGUCGGUCCACUGCGCGCCUCGCUCAGUGUGUACCUCAAGUACGGAGACAGCGACAUCGAGUUCGACGUGUCGCUGGAUGCUGUACCGGCGUCGACCAUGGCCGACGCACGCAGCAUGGUCCGCUUCGACGCGCAUAUUUCGUGGCACCAGAAGCACGAGUUCCUCAAGUUUGAACUCCCGUUGGACAUCCACAACGACGUUGCAACUUACGACACACAGUUCGGCACGCUUACGCGCCCGACGCACCGGAACACGAGCUGGGAUGCCGCCAAAUUCGAGGUUUGCGCGCACAAGUUCGCCGAUCUGUCCGAGUACGGUUACGGUGUUGCGCUCAUCAACGACUGCAAGUACGGCUAUGCCGUCGACGGCAACGUCAUGCGUCUCUCGCUUCUCCGUGGGCCGACCAUGCCGGACCCCGACUGCGACAUGGGCAAGCACGAGUUCUCGUUCGCCAUCUAUCCGCAUGUGGGAACAUACAUCGAGAGCGACGUUACCCCAGUGGCGUACGCAUUCAACGCGCCCAUGCGUCUGCGGCUCGGCUCUGCGUCCACCGCGCUCACCUUCACGGGCAACCCGUUCCGCGUGGAAAAUGCACGCAACGUCAUCCUCGAGACGGUCAAGCGCGGCGAGGACGAUGUCCAUGCCGAGGGCGAGGAGCAGACAUUGAUCCUGCGCCUGUUUGAGCAGUUUGGUGGACACGCCAAUGCGGUGUUGCAGAUCACCGGCCUCGCCGUCUCCAAGGCCGAGCUUGUCAACCUCAUGGAGGACCACAUGGAGGACCUCAAGCUAUCGUCGGCGGGCCCAAACGCCUCGAACGACGACUGUGAGAUCAAGCUCCCCUUCCGUGGUUACGAGAUCAAGACGGUGCGCCUCACGCUCAAGCCCGGCGCCAAGGCUAAGGCUCGUCGCGACUCCACUGGGUGGGUGAAGCUGUAG